AUGAAGCAAAACGAGACAUUCGAUCAAGAAAGGGAAGAUUUAUAUCAGACAGAUGAAGAAGAAGACGAAGAAAGCCAAACUGGGAGCUCUGUUCCGUCAACACCGUUAUCUCGUAACGGCUCCAAUAACCCUUCCAUUCCGUGGCCUCGAAGUUACCGACAAUCUAUGGAUAUGUUGACUGGAGUUACACCUCCGCCCAGUACAAGUUUUGUCUCUUCGUUUCACCAGAGACGACCUAGCUCUGUUUUCGGUUCGUUUACUUCUUCACCGACCAAACAGCAGCUUCUCAUCGAGAAAGAUGAGAUCCAAAACUCUUUUGUACCAUCCAUCAAAUCAUUUCUUGCUUCUCAUCUCCAGCUAUCAGUCCCUGCUGAUCUGUUAACUCCCCAAGAAACCGGCAGUUGCACAUUCUCUCAAUCCGUUCUCAACGGAAUCAAUGUUCUAUGUGGAGUAGCUUUACUUACAAUGCCUUACGCAGUGAAAGAAGGAGGAUGGUUAGGGCUAUUCAUACUCUUCUCCUUUGGUGUUAUCACUUUCUACACAGGUAUUCUCCUCAAGAUAUGUCUCGAGAACUCGCCUGGGAUCCACACUUACCCGGACAUCGGUCAAGCUGUGUUUGGCAUCACUGGACGCAUCAUCGUCUCUAUACUUCUCUAUGUGGAGUUAUACGCAUCUUGUGUGGAAUACAUAAUCAUGAUGAGUGAUAACUUGUCAGGGAUGUUCCCAAACACAUCCUUAUACAUCACCGGAUUAUCACUAGACUCUCAUCAAAUUUUCGCCAUUACAACGACUCUAGUAGUUCUUCCGACUGUUUGGCUCAAAGACCUCAGCUUAUUGUCCUAUCUUUCAGCCGGAGGUGUCGUCUCUUCAAUCUUGCUUGCGCUUUGCCUCUUUUGGACUGGAUCAGUCGACGGGGUUGGAUUUAACCUUAGCGGUAAAGCUCUUGAUUUAACUAAUAUACCAGUCGCAAUCGGAAUUUACGGGUUUGGUUUUGUGGGUCACUCUGUUUUCCCCAACAUAUACUCUUCCAUGAAAGAACCUUCCAAGUUUCCUAUGGUGCUUCUCAUCAGUUUUGGGUUUUGCACUCUAUUUUACAUCGCCGUUGCAGUUUGUGGAUACACGAUGUUUGGUGACGCAAUUCAAUCCCAAUUUACACUGAACAUGCCUCAGCAAUUCACCUCAUCUAAAAUCGCAGUCUGGACGGCGGUCGUUACACCAAUGGCGAAAUACGCUUUAACAAUCACUCCAGUCAUGCUAGGGUUAGAAGAACUAAUACCGUCUUCGCUGAGAUCCAAAGGUUUCUCUAUUUUGUUUAGAACCAUCGUAGUUCUCUCUACUUUGGUCGUCGCACUCACAGUUCCAUUCUUCGCUACUGUGGCGGCUCUGAUGGGAUCUUUCAUCGCAAUGCUUAUCGCGUUAAUAUUCCCAUGUCUAUGUUACAUCAGCGUUAUGAAGGGUAGAUUAACCAACUUUCAAAUGGGAGUUUGCAUACUGAUCAUCAUCAUCGGCGUUGUGAGUGGUUGCUGCGGGACUUACUCUGCUAUUGCGAGAUUAAUCGACGAGAUGACCUGAUUGGUUUUUGUUUGCGGAAUAAUAAACCGGAUGCGAUGCAUUUGAUUAGAAGAAAUCUGUUUUUGAUAAAACAAAUAGUAAUAUUUUCUUAGAAAUCAA